GUGGUUAUCUCAAUUUGCCAAACAGUAUACAACUUAUAUCAAGAAAAGAUUGCAAACGAAAACUACAGUUGUCCUGAUAAUGUUCUGCUUUUAACAUGGGUACCGCAGUUGGAAGUUCUUCAACGUGCUUCUCUAUUUAUAUCACAUUGUGGUAUGAACAGUGUUAAUGAAUCUAUUCAUUAUGGUGUGCCUUUAAUUUGCAUCCCACAAGGUGGUGAUCAACCAAUGGUGGCUCAUAGAAUAGCAGAUGAAUUGUAUUUGGGAAUUAAAUUGGAUACUCCAACUCUAACUUCUGAAAAAGUUAGAAAAUCAAUACAUCAGGUUUUAAAUGAUGAGACUUAUCGCAAGAAUAUGAUUGAAAUCUCCAAAGUAUCCAGGAAAUACACAGGAAUUAAGACUGCAGUGGAGGAAAUAUCUAAAUACAUUACUGAAAAUAAUUAA